UUUUUCUGAUAGCACGCACAUGAACCCGCUUAAUAACCUUGUCAACCGGUCCUUCCCCAAUAUCAGCCAAAUAAUCCAAUGAUCCGAAAAGAUUAGGGUGCUUCGUAUAAUUAUGACAAGAAAUGUGGUUCAGUCAUUUUUGGGUGAUUUUUAACAACCAAAUCACAACCAACAGCUUCAUUUUGAAUCACAAAAUCACUCUAUCUAUAUUUGGCGCGAAAAAUUCUUGGUGCAAUCACCAGUGAAAAUGUUCCCUUUUCAGGGUUUUAUGGGCAUGUAUUUCUGUAACCUAGGUAGAGAAAACUUUCCAUUUUUGUUCGCUUUUAGAAGCUUUUCCUCUCAUCAUCGACAACUUAUUGACAGCAGUAUAUGGAAACUCAAAGAAGGGAAUUUUCAGACCAAGACUUCAAAGCAUCCAAACGCAUAUGUAUACGGUUUGCAAAGAAUGGUUCAAAACGUUUCCCCGCUGCAAAUAUUACAGAAUUUGGAUGGAAAGAUUACUGCCCGGCAGUUUUCAGGCACAUUCAAGGGCUUGACAAUAUUGAAUCUGCUAACUACGUAUUAUCCGUAUGUGGUAUUGAGACAUUAGUGGAGCUCUGUUCACUGGGAAAGAGUGGAAAACUGCUUUAUUUGUCUCAUGAUGAUCGGUUUGUGGUAAAAACUAUCCGCAAAACUGAAAAAAAGGCACUCUUAGCAAUGCUUCCGAAGUACGUUGAUCACGUACAAACAUUUGGGAGCACAUUGCUAACAAAGUUCUAUGGACUUCAUGUGGUGAGACCAGUUGGGGGUACAAAGAUAUACUUUGUUGUAAUGGGAAACAUACUUCAGACAGAUUUAUAUCUGCACAGACGGUUCGACCUCAAAGGCUCAUCUCAAGGACGGUCCAUGAAUAAAGUGACAAUUGAUGAAGCUACAACAUUUAAAGAUCACGAUCUCAAUUUAACUUUCUUCCUCAACCCCUUAACCCGCCAUCGUCUAUUCACACAGAUUAAGAAAGACUGUAAAUUUUUGGAGGAAGCUGGCAUCAUGGGUUACAGUCUUCUGCUAGGAAUACAUAUUGAAGCUCCUACAAGAGGAUCAACAAAUGGACGAAGUCUUACUACUGGGAAUUCAUUCCCUCCAGAUUUGUCGUGGAGACAAGGGAGCAGUGAGCUAAUACUUGACGACAGCGAGAAACUUACUUACAAGUCUGAUGCGAAACUUGGGUUUAAAACACAGGCACGUGCUGUACCUAAAAAUGAAGUCGGAAGUGCUGCACAAUCUUUUAACAAUGUGAGACUGUUUUUUGGAAUCAUAGAUAUGCUUCAAGGGUAUAAUGUAGUCAAGCGUCUAGAGCAUGCAUACAAAGCACUCCAGUUUGAUUCGCGAAAAAUUACAUCAGUAAAUCCUAAGGUUUAUUCUUCCCGUUUUCAAGAAUAUCUAAGCAGUGUUUUUGAGGCAGAUGAAAUGAAAUUUCGGGGAUCCUUCAAUUAGUUAAUGAUUUACAAGUUACGGCAGUAAUUGCUUAUGUAGAUCUGCUAGGAGGAAUGGUAAUGGGAUCUAGGAUUCUGGAUGACGUGCCAAAUGUGUGCUGCAAAUACCAAAAAGAAAAGGGAAGAAUGUUGAAUAUGCACUUGGCAAGAAGCCAUCUUUGUGUCAUAUGACUCAUAUCGUGGAUGAGCAUGUCCUUCGUUUUUCUCUCAGCUGAAUUGUCAAACCCAUUUGUAUCAUCGUGUGUGUAUAUUGGUGGUGGCUAAGUUGGCUUGAAACGUGAUGGCACCCCAUAUAGAACUUGGAAGAUGAAUUUUUGUAACUAUCUUAAAUUUUCAUGUUAAAAUAAUUUAUUUCUGACGUUUAUUAGAAUUAAAAAA